CAUUAAUUUUCAAAUAAAAUAACUUCUCUCCCACUUUGGAUGGAUAAUUCAUAGAGGCCAAGCUAAACUCCGGAAUUUGCUGUUGUAUUUAGUUUCCGCCAUGGAAACCAGUCAAGCCACCGUCUGUUCCUCCGAUCACCCAUGGCUUCUUCUACUAUUGUUCAUCGUCGGAUUCGCCGAGCUCAUCUCCGUCUCUACGACCAUUCUCAAAUGGGUCCUCGCCCAUUUCCUCCGACCCGCAAAGAAUCUCAAGAAAUACGGGUCGUGGGCUCUGGUCACGGGACCCACCGACGGCAUCGGAGAGGCGUUCGCCUUCCGGCUAGCCCGCGAGGGGCUCAAUUUGGUUCUGGUGGGUCGGAACCCGGAGAAGCUGAGAACCGUUUCUGACCGCAUCCGGGUGAAGUUCAACGGGUCGACCCGCAUUAAGACGGUGGCGGUCGAUUUCUCCGGCGACUUGGACGACGGGGUCCGGAGAAUCAGGGAGGCGAUCGACGGGUUGGAUGUCGGGGUUCUGAUUAACAACGUCGGGGCGACUUAUCCGUACGCCAGAUUCUUCCACGAGGUGGAUGAGGAGCUUAUGGAGGCGGUGAUUAAGGUGAACGUGGAGGGGACGACUAGGGUUACGCUGCAGGCGGUGUUGCCGGGGAUGGUCGAACGGCGGAGCGGGGCGAUUGUGAAUAUCGGGUCGGGUACCGCCGGAGCCAUCCCUUCCGCUCCGCUCCACACUCUUUAUUCCGCCACCAAAGCGUAUAUUGAUCAAUUUUCAAGAAGUCUUCACAGGGAGUACAAAACACGUGGGAUUCAUGUCCAAUGUCAGGUUCCCUUGUAUGUGGCAACCAAAAUGAUAUCAAUCCAAAAGCCUUCAUUCUUCAUCCCAUCAGCAGAAGAUUACGCAGGGGCAGCAAUGGGUUGGAUAGGGCAUGGAGAUGAGAGGUGCACCCCAUAUUGGCCCCAUUCUCUCCAAUGGGCUCUCCUCUCCUUCUUGCCACACUCCAUUGUCGACGCCUGCCGCUUCAACGCCUGCCUCCGGAUCCGAGCCGAGGGACGACGCAAGGAGACGGAAUUGCAACUCAUGACACGGCUCAAACCCGAAACGCACCACUUAGGAAAAUGCUUCGGGAAGGCGAGGUCGGAUGACGAUAUAUAUGGUUGACAUCGGCACGGAUAAGAAUUCUAUUUUCUGAACAAAAACAGUCGCGGUGUCAACUUUGAUGUUAUUCGCGGUCGGGGUUGUGCCCAAAAUAUAUGUUGGAUCAUGUAUGAUAGAAUUGACGCUAGAAUUUGUGAUCCUUUAAUGUAGGUGCAUUUGUCACAAAAUUGACAUGAUCAUCUAAUUGCACCAUAUUAAAUGUGAUUAUUAAUUAACAUCGAAAUAUUCGCACUAAAUAACACUAAAACUUAAUCAUUUCCCUAAAUAACACUUAAACUCAGUG